AUGCAACACCCUUCGCCGGACUCCGACAUGCCACCGCUCGCCUCUAUCAAGGUCCGCUCCUCCUCCCCGCGCUUCCCUCCCCCCACCACCCCUUUAUCCACUGAAACCCCUACGGCCAAUGCCCAGCGGAAGAUUGGCAUCGCUGUUGACCUUAGUGAUGAAUCUGCUUUUGCUGUUAAGUGGGCUGUACAUAACUAUCUCCGUCCUGGAGAUGCUGUUGUGCUUGUCCAUGUUCGGCCCACUUCGGUUCUUUACGGGGCCGAUUGGGGGUCUGUUGAUUUAUCCAUUGUUGAUACUGAAAAUGAGGAGUCCCAGCGGAAGCUUGAAGAUGAUUUUGAUACUUUUACUACUACGAAGUCGACUGAUCUGGCACAGCCGCUCGUGGAGGCUCAAAUUCCGUUCAAAAUUCAUAUUGUGAAAGAUCAUGACAUGAGAGAGAGACUCUGUUUGGAAGUUGAGAGGCUUGGUCUCAAUAUCCUGACGAGAAGGAUAAUGCUGGCGGUGGAGAGCCAAUGGUGUCUGUGGCUUCUGUGGCCGAGGAGGAUGAGGAGCAAGAGUAUCACGACGCUCCCGAUGAUCGCAAAGAUUCCUAACUUAAACAAGGGAGGCUCUGAGGUGGUUCUCAUCAUUGGCUGCGGUAUUGAAAUGUAG